UUGAAAGGCAGAGUUAAAGAGAGAAGGAAAGAGAGAUCUUCCAUCUGCUGGUUCAUAGUACCCAGUGGCCACAACAACCAGAACUGGGCUAAUCCUAAGGCAGGAGCUUCUGGGUGUCCCUUGUGGGUGCAGGGACCCAAGGCUUUGGGCCAUCCUCCAUUGACUUCCUGGCCCAUAAGCAGGGAGCCGGGUCAGAAGUGAAGCAGCCAGGAAUAGAACCAGCACCCGUGUGGGGGCUGGAGGUGGUAGCUUAGCUUACUGUGGCAUGGCACAAGCCCUGAGAGAUUUAAUUUUUGGAUCGUUCCCUAAUUUUGCUAGACUCAGUUGCAUAACUAGCCUUACUAUAAUGAUAAAUUUUCAGUAAAUGUGUUGUCAGGGGGUAGUUAGGGAAAAAUAAGAACAAUUCAAAAUAAUGAAAUCAAUCUGAUCUAAUGAGGGUCGGUUAAGGGUGGCAUCAGCUGUCUGUCGUCCAGCUGAUAAAAAUCAGCUUCAGCUAGGCGUCCUUGAGGUCUGAUUACAGAAGAAAGGCUAGUCCACGCACACAACUAAAAUUGAUUUAAGAAACCAAGCCAGGGCCUUCCCGACCUUUAGGAAGCCGACCGGCAGGGGGAAAUGUUUUCCUCCCUAGUUCUCCCAAGCCAUGGCACUGCCGCCCCGCAGAUUCCUUCCCUGGUUUUGCUGUUUUGCCUGCGUGUGCUUUCCAAUCAGUUCUGAUUCUGAGCCUCCUAGAGGAGCGCCGUGGGUCGCCGCCAACGCUGCGUCGGAGUCUGUGGUUGAGCCCUGGUCCUUGCUGCAGCCCAUGGAUGGGGGAGAGCACUCUGGCCUCCUUCCGCCUCUCUUCAGAGUGCUGUCUGUCGGGCGAGGGGCGGCCCCCAGGCUGCAGCCGGACUCGAGUGCGUUGCACUACAUGAAGAAGCUCUACAAGGCAUAUGCUACCAAGGAGGGUAUUCCUAAAGCCAACAGAAGACACCUCUACAACACAGUUCGGCUUUUCACCCCCUGGGUCCUGCAGAAGGCUCCUGAACACCAAGUGACAGGGCUGCCUCAGUGGACUGUCUCAGUGGAUGUGCUGUUCAACCUGGAUCGUGUGACUGCUGUGGAACUCCCGGUCAAGUCUGUCUUGUUGUACACGCUCACCAGCUUGGUCUCGGUCUCCAGCACAAUCAGAUGCACGUGCAGCCUGCUGGUCAGGGAGCCAAGGCCUUCCGGCAAGACUCUCCACCCACUUACCUUGAACUCACAGUUUGAAUUUCGGAAGAAAUACAAAUGGGCUGAAAUUGAUGUGACUCCCCUGCUUCAACCUCUGAUGGCCUCCAGUGAGAGACAUGUCCACCUGUCUGGCAACUGCACCUGCGUGGCAGCCCAGCAGCAGCACCCUGCUGCGCGCAACGGUCCGCUGAACAUGACUGUGCUGGCGUCCCCGUCACUGCUCUUAUAUUUGAAUGACACAAGUGCACAGGCCCAUCACCCGUGGUAUUCCCUCCCCUACAAAAGCAAGCCUUCGCAGGGUCUCCACCAGCAAGGCAUGCCCGCACGCCUGACAGGAGGGCGGGCUGCCAGGGUGGGCCGGUCCCUGCGGCAGCCGACAGGCCCUCGAUUGAAGCAGCCCCCUGCUCCAGCUUCCCUGAAUCUGAGUGAAUACCUCAAACAGUUUGUUUUUCCCCAGAACGAGUGUGAGCUCCAUGACUUUCGACUGAGUUUUAGUCAGCUGAAGUGGCACAACUGGAUUGUGGCUCCACACAGGUACAACCCUCGUUACUGCAAAGGGGACUGCCCCCGGGCCGUCGGGCAUCGCUACGGCUCCCCGGUCCACACAAUGGUGCAGAACAUCAUCUAUGAGAAGCUAGACUCCUCGGUGCCAAGACCGUCAUGCGUCCCCGCCAAAUACAGCCCCCUGAGCGUCCUGACCAUCGAGCCCGACAGCUCGAUUGCCUACAAAGAGUAUGAAGACAUGAUAGCGACCAAGUGCACCUGUCGCUAGGCGU